AUGACAAUGAUUCUCAAAUAUCUUCUUCCAGUGAAUGGGAACAUUGACAAAACAAGCUCAUUUGCAAUCAAUGCAGAAAGAGAAGUGGAGCUGUUGAAUCAUUGCUUUGCGGACGUGGAGCGUUUCAUGGGCCGACUGCAGCUGACGGCCGAGGCCAAGAGCACUCUGGACCAACGCAACAGCAAAAAGAAGAAGAGCGGGCGGAAGAAGAGCAGCAAAAAAGAUAAAAAGGCGGAAGAUGACCUGGAGCAAAAAGCCCUUCCUCCAUCAGAAGAGGAAUUUACAGGCAUUUUUCAGAAAAUCAAAUACUCUCUCAGUUUACUGGAUCGUCUGAAGAACGAAAUCUCAGAUCCAAACUCAGAGGAGCUGCUGCAGCACAUCUUUAUUCCUCUUAACUUGCUGGUAAAGACAACGGGUGGUCCAGAGCUGGCGGCGGGUGUGUCCAGUCCUGCGCUGACCGGUGGAGCAGUGACUCUGUUGCAGCAGAAUCUCACUGAGGAGGAAAAGGAGCUCUGGACCUCACUCGGGCCAAACUGGACUCAGUCAUACUCUGAGCUAGGUGAGGGUGUAUCUCCGUACACUCCUGUUUUCCUGGACGGGUGGCAGCCAGAGGCGUUGGAUAGAGAUGGUCAGCCUUUUAAAGACCCCAUCGAAUGUCAGCACGGACACGAGGCACUGAUAGCAAACCACAAGGACAUUUCUAGAGCACGUUGUACAUAUGUGGAGAACUCUGUCCCUCCUGAGGGAGAGAGGAUGUAUAAAUGCAGUUAUGACUUUGUGGCACGGAACAGCAGUGAACUCUCUGUGUUACAGGGGGAAGUUCUGGAGGUGAUUGAAUCAUCAAAGCGCUGGUGGAAAUGUAAAAACAGCUAUGAUCAGAUCGGUUUUGUUCCCUAUAACAUCCUGGAGCCUGUUUCAGCACUGAACCACACAGAGGUGGACUCAGGCCCAAUUCAGAGACAAUCAGUGAAAUCUCCUCUCACUCCGCCAGGAGCGGGACGGUUCUCGUACGCGGCGCCAAACUCCCCAGUAGAGGUCCAUUCCCUGAACGACCCCCGUCCUGUCAGCAUGCCUCCGUCAGGAGAGGACGGAGAGAAAGUGAUGAUAAUGAAUGAUGAGCUCCUCCAGCGACUGACCAAUGGGAGAGGCGGAUCAGUUCGACCAGUGACCAUCACCCGGGCAAAUGAAACCUCCGCUCCUCUCAACUAUCACUCGCCUCCUGCUGAGGUGGAGGAGUGGCUGCGGGGAAAAGGCUUCAAUGACAGUACUGUGCAGAGUUUGGGAAUAUUGACAGGAGCUCAGCUUUUUUCCCUGAACAAGGAGGAGCUGCGUACUGUUUCACCAGAAGAGGGCACUAGAGUCUAUAGCCAGAUCACAGUUCAGAAAGCACUGCUGGAGGAUGUGAGGAAAGCCACUGAGCUGGAAGCCAUAAUGCAAAAGCAAAAAAUGAAGGUUGAUCUCAAAAUGGAGGCAGGGUUGUAA